AGCUCAUGAGAUAAGUAUACCGGUGAGGCUGAGAGUAAAUCACUUACCCAAAAAAAAAAUCUUGAGUGCAAUAGAUAAGAACCUGUUCUUGUGUGUUUUCUCCUGAAUUAUAUUUCUGUGCAUAUUCCCCCUUAGAACCAUAUCUGUUUUAUAUUUUCAAAAAGAAAAUCGAUUUGUAGGCUUGUGUUUGAAUGGUUUUGAUCGAUUACUACACAACAAAGUAAACUUUUGAAACUGGAUUUUCUUUAAUCUUGUAUCUGUUAAAAUCUUCAGAACAGAGUGAUCAAUCUUUUUAUUAUUGAUCUUCUUGUUUUUGUUUUAAAUCUGUGAGGGUAUUAUUUUUAUUUCCCUCCUUUCGGAUCUGCAAAGAGGUUGUCUAUUUUCAAAUCUCUUCGUUCUAUCAUUUCCGAAUUCAAUUUUUUUCUUUUAUAUAUAAAAAUAUAUAAUGGCAACUACUAUGGAUUACUACAACAACAAAACGUUUCAACAAAAAACCGAUCCAUUCGGUGGUGAACUAAUGGAAGCGCUUUUACCUUUUAUCAAAAGCCCUUCCACCGAUUCACCCGCGUCUGCGUUUGCGUCUUACCCCGACGUCUGCUUAACCCAACCGAUUCCAUACGGGUCGUACCACCUCGGGUCUACUCAGACACACUCCUUCUCAAACCAUCUCAGCCCUAAACCGGUUACCAUGAAGCAAACCGGUUCUCCGCCUAAACCGACGAAGCUGUACAGAGGAGUGAGGCAACGUCACUGGGGAAAAUGGGUCGCCGAGAUCCGUCUACCCAGGAACCGAACCCGCCUCUGGCUCGGAACCUUCGACACGGCGGAGGAAGCCGCGCUGGCCUACGACAAGGCCGCGUAUAAGCUCCGCGGCGACUUCGCUCGGCUCAACUUCCCGAAUCUCCGAGGAGAGUUCGGCGAGUACCAGCCUCUCCAGUCCCCCGUCGACGAUAAGCUCGAAGCUAUCUGCCAGAGCUUGGCCGAGACGCAGAAGCCAGCGAAGAAGAAGAAGAGCAGACGUUCGUCCACCGUCACCGCCGGGAAACAGCCGGAGGAAGUCAAACCGGAGGAUUACUCUAACGUUGUGUCUCCGCCGUCGACGGAGAGUUACGGGUCUCCGUUGUCGGAUUUGACGUUCGUUGAUACGGAGGAGGAGGGGGAGCAGACGUGGAACGUGAACUUCGCGUUGGAGAAGUAUCCGUCGUACGAGAUCGACUGGGACUCGAUUCUGUCGGCUUAGGUUUUGUGUUUGUAAAUUAGGGGAUGCCGUAGGGGUAUUUUAGGAAACUAGAGGUCUCUGCGAUAGAGUUUUUGGUCAUUGCAUUGAGACACAGUUAGGUGUUGGGGUCCUUUUGUGUUAUUAUUAUUAAUAAGUGGAUGUACUUUGAUGUAAAUUAUUAUUACGUCUCUGCGUCGGUGGAAGCUGGAUUUUUUUGUCGUGCUUCACACCGUGCGAGAUUUUGUUUAUGUACUUUGUUGUGUUACCUUUGUCUUAAUUCCAAGUCUUUUUUUUCUUACAGAA